AAUUAGCUCAAACCCCCCACUCCCCCCACUCUCAAUAAACCUCAGCAGCACUUCUCUGCAACUGUUCGUUCUUCUGCAGUUAUUCGAAUUUCAAUGGCAACUGAUAACAAAUCCAAGUCAGGCAACUCCAACAAAAACAACAAGAAGAGGAAGAAUUACCUUCCUCAUAAUAAACCAGUGAAAAAGGGGGGUUACCCUCUGCGCCCAGGAGUGGAGGGUUUCUUCAUAACGUGCGAUGGUGGGAGGGAAUACCAAGCCGCACAAGAAGCAAUCAAUGUUAUCGAAUCUUUUUACGAAGAGCUUUUGGAGGGUAAAGAGUCCAAAGUCGGACAAUCGGAACUACCUAAGAAGCCCAUGAAUAAAGUAAUCAAAUUCGCGGACUCAGAUUCUUCCGGCAGCGACAACGACGAUGACAAUGCAGAUGGAAAUAACGAUGCACAGACGAAGGAGGAUGAGAGCACAGAUGCUAUUGCAGCAGGUGGGGAUGGAAAUAAUGGGACUGGAGUUGAAAUUAAAGAUGAUGUAUCUGUAGAAAAACAUACUGAUGAAAAAACGGAGAAACUCGAGAGCAAUGAAAACCAAGAAACUGAAACUGUGGAGCCACCAGUUAAGAGGCAAUGCAUUCAAGAAGAUGCAAGAAAUGGUGUAAACUUGUCUAAAAUGGCAGACGGUCAAUCUGUUGACAAGUUAAUCGAAGCCGAGCUAGCGGAACUGGGAGAUAAGAGCAAGAGGCGUUUUGGUAAACUUGACACGGGUUGUAACGGAGUUGUCUUUAUACAAAUGCGCAAGAAAGACGGAGAUCCCAGCCCAAAAGAUAUUGUCCAACACAUGAUGUCUUCUCUCGCUUCGACCAAAAAGCAUGUAUCAAGGUUUCUGUUAAGGGUGCUUCCUGUUGAAGUGUCAUGCUACACAUCAGACGAAGAAAUAACACGAGCAAUCAAACCUGUCAUCGACAAGUAUUUUCCUGUAGAAGCUCAGACCCCUCAUAAGUUUGCAGUGUUGUACGAUGCUCGUGCGAAUACUGGUGUUGAUAGAACAAAAGUUAUAGACGCAGUUGCGAAAUCUGUUCCAUCUCUGCACAAAGUCGACCUGGCCAACCCUGAUAUAAAUAUAGUGGUUCAAGUUGUCAAGACGGUAUGCUUGAUUGGAGUUGUGGAGAAGUACAAGGAAUUGGCCAAGUACAAUUUGAGACAGCUCACCUCAUCAGACCAGUAAAAUUUAGCUUAUUGAACUAGGUAAGAUUUUAUUUAUUAAAAAGGAAAAAAAGACUAUCGAAGAUUUUGGCUGUACUGCUUUUUUCUUUCACAUUUUAUGUGUGUUCUAUUAGCGAUUUAAUGAGCUAAAACAUGUUUGUUUUGUGCAAGUGUUUUCGAUGUUUUUUUCUUUCCGAGAAAUAUUUGUUAUGUAAUUUUGAUAGAAUGAAUGGAGAAUGAAAA